GCAGCGCCUCUCGGGAGGGCGCGCGGGGUGCAUGCCGGGAUUCGUAGUCCCAACCCGGCCAGAGAGAGGGAGGCGGGCGGGCGGGCGGGCGCGCAGGGUCCGGCGGGGGCUUUGCGCCCGCAGCCAGCCAUGCAGAAGUACGAGAAGCUCGAGAAGAUCGGCGAGGGCACCUACGGGACGGUCUUCAAGGCCAAGAACCGGGAGAGCCACGAGAUCGUGGCGCUGAAGCGGGUGCGGCUGGACGACGACGACGAGGGGGUCCCCAGCUCGGCCCUGCGAGAGAUCUGCCUGCUGAAGGAGCUGAAGCACAAGAACAUCGUCCGAUUGCAUGAUGUCCUACACAGUGACAAGAAGCUGACACUGGUCUUUGAAUUCUGUGACCAGGACCUCAAGAAAUACUUUGACAGCUGCAAUGGAGACUUGGACCCAGAGAUCGUGAAGUCUUUCAUGUACCAGCUGCUGAAGGGCCUGGGCUUCUGCCACAGCCGCAACGUCCUGCACCGCGACCUGAAGCCCCAGAACCUGCUGAUCAACCGCAACGGGGAAUUGAAGUUGGCCGACUUUGGGCUGGCCCGGGCCUUCGGAAUCCCUGUUCGCUGCUACUCGGCUGAGGUGGUGACGCUCUGGUACCGCCCUCCGGACGUCCUCUUUGGGGCCAAGCUCUACUCCACCUCCAUCGACAUGUGGUCUGCGGGCUGCAUCUUUGCCGAACUGGCCAACGCCGGGCGACCCCUCUUUCCAGGCAACGAUGUCGAUGACCAACUGAAGAGAAUUUUCCGUCUGCUGGGGACCCCGACGGAGGAGCAGUGGCCGGGGAUGACCAAACUACCAGACUACAAGCCGUACCCCAUGUACCCGGCCACGACGUCGCUGGUCAACGUGGUGCCCAAGCUUAACACGACGGGCCGAGACCUGCUCCAAAACCUACUGAAGUGCAACCCGGUCCAUCGGAUCUCAGCAGAGGAGGCGCUCCAGCACCCGUACUUCACAGACUUCUGCCCCCCCUAGGCGCUCGCCAUGCCAGAGGCAUUCCUGGGGCUGGCCUGGCUCAGAAGCCCCCCAAGUCACUCAUUGGACCGGGGGAGGGGGGGCUCUGAAGCUGCCACUGGGAUGGGGCCAACGGGAAGGAUAUCCUGAUGGAGCCUGGGGCGGGGUGGGUGGGGCAGCUCGCCCCCUCCCCCUCCCCUGUUGCUCUACUUCCCGGUCCCCCCUCCCCCGCAAUCACCUCUUCCAAGCAUGUUCAGUAUUUGGCUGUGCCUCGGUGGGGGGGUGGGGGUGGGGGCGCAGAUUGGGAUUGUUGUGAAUAUUUGUGAAUUCUAUAAAAUGCUUCUUGGACCUCU